GAAGGGUGCAGCUCGUGGAGCUCCGUGAGUGGGGCAGUGAAGGGUUAAUGUUACAGUACAGAUACAGGACUGUGAGCCGGUGUCUAUAGGCUGCUCGUGUCCACUCGCUCCAUUACUCGCUGCAUGCUACUCUACUUUCUCCAUUCCCACAGUGGGCACCAAAGAAGAGCUCUACACCUUCCAGCAUGGAUGCGUUAAAAUCCGCCGGGAGAGCAAUAAUCAAAAGUCCUGGAGUUCCGCGACACACAUGGGGAACGUCCAAGCAUGAAAAGCUCCCAGAGAACUGGACGGACACCAAGGAGACACUCUUGGAAGGGAUGGUGUUCAACGUGAAGUAUCUGGGCAUGACUCUGGUUGGCCAGCCUAAAGGAGAAGACAUGGCAGCAGCUGCUAUCAGGAGGAUUGUAGCCACGGCUCGACCCAGUACAAAGAAGUUUCGGAAAGUGACCCUCACUGUCUCCCCCAAAGGAAUCAUCAUCUCAGACACAGAGACCAAUGACCUCAUCGAGGACGUGUCCAUUUACAGAAUAUCUUACUGCACAACAGACAAAACUCAGGAUAAGGUCUUUGCUUACGUCUCCCAAAGCCAGUUCAAUGAAACUCUAGAGUGCCAUGCCUUCCUGUGCCAAAAAAAGAAAAUAGCUCAGGCUGUGACACUGACAGUUGCACAAGCUUUUAAAGUGGCUCUGGAUCUGUGGGAGAUCGCACAGGAAGACAAAAGUAAGAGAGCUCGCACAUGCUACUCCUGUUCAGACCCUGAAUCUCAGCCUGAAUCUGAACCAAACAGUGUUUCAGAGGAGGAGAAGACUCAGGAUCUGAUGGAGCACAAACUUAGGAAGCCCUUCUUUCCUUCUUUCCUUUCACCAUCCCCACGCAGCAAAGCUAGGAGACGACCAAUCAAACAUGACUCCUGGGAUGCGGAAGAUGGCCUCGAUGAUGCAUUUUCAAGCAAUAUGGAGGUGGAGGAGAUCGACGCAGGUAAGUGAGACUGGCAACAUCCCGCAGCAGAACCAUGUCUGAGGAUGCAGCUGUGAGUCCAGUGGAAGAAGAUCUCCUUUCCUUCAGCAGUGAGGACUCAGACUGAACAAACACACACACACACACACACAUCACUCUCACCAGCCUGUCAGAAAGUGUCACACAACACCCCCCCAGCUCCGCACACAAUGUGUGACAUAUGCCUCAGUGAUGGAGUCAUUCACACCACUGCCACUUAAAACAGCAACAAUAACACACAACAGCAGCAUAAACGUGCACAAUUCAAUUAUAAAACUAUUAAAUUCCAAUGUACUUACAUUAUAAUACUGUAAGUUUAGGGUAAGUACUUGAUAAUACAACAUGUGUGAAACCGUAUGUUGUUAUGUAUUAUUCAAACAUCUGUGUAAGCAAAUCUACUACAUUAUAUCAUGUAAAAAGUGUAAAUCUUUUCAAUACAUUGGUGCUAUAUUGUAGACACUUGGGUUGUGUUAAUUAAAAUAUAUAUUAACUGCAAACAUUGACAAUAAAGCAGACUUGACUUAAACAUGUACUUUAAAGGGAAACCUAAUUCCACAAAGACCAGACGUCUGUCCUUCAGCCCAGCGUUCUUCAGGUCAGAUGGUGUGUGGGUUGUUUCAGUCGAGUCCUUUGCGCAGCAAACCCACUGCAAAGCUCUCAGACGAGUGUGAUUAAACAUGUACAGUACUAGAGCCGCAUGUGUUAGGCAGCUUUAGAUGUGCAGUUAUACAUUCUAGGUAAACGUUUACAAAUAUAAGUAUGUAGAAUUGUUCAGGACUGAUAUUUUGAAGAAAUGUAAUUCAAUUUCAGAUAUAUAUUGUUGGUCGUCGUUUGCUUACACAAUCAUAGUAGAAACUUUUCUGUGAUCAUGAAAUUUUGAAAUAUUUUACAAAUGCCUCAAAAGCAUUUGAAUUUCGUUCUUCUUUAGAAUCCAAGAUAGUCUCAUGUAAAAGCCUUUCACACUGGCUUCCAGCCUCAAGUGUUAGAAUUAUUAUUAUUGUUUAUAUUUACAGUACAGUGUUUCACCCUAUUGAUUGUCAUCAGUGAAACCUAUUUUUAAUUUUAAUUCAUUUAAAUAUAUGCAACUUAUUAUAUUUACUGACUUUUUUUCCCAAAUGAUUUCAAAAUCAUAACUAAUUUGGUAAAAAAAAGAAAAA